CAAGGAUACGCGACAUGCAUCAUUGGAGAAGCCUCGAAAACUCUUCCCUUGCGACUGAUUUGAAUGAGGUGCUUGGAAGAGCUUCAUGUGCGAAAAUGUGAUUGAUAUCUUUCUCUUGAGCCGCCAAUUCGACAAUGCAGCCCCUUGCUUUAAUCGGACACUGUCAUUGGGGUGCGAAGCUGCUCCAACGUACAACUUGAGGCAGCAUCGAGGGGCCGAGUUGUCCAUCAGUUCUCCAGCAGGUCUCACAGAUAUCAGCCUGAGUGUGCCUUAUCGACGCAACUGAUAUACAUAACUGGGGCUGUCUGGUUUUGCUAGCUCACAGCUUGGUGGUGAGAGAUGAGGCCCAUUUUGCUACAACUUCAGCGGUCAACUAGAUCCUAGGUACGGAGUAGUUAAUUGCAACUUGAGCAGCCCAACAGCCGCCUUACCCCAUAGCCCUCCAGCCUCGCCUCUCUCAAUGUCAUUGCGGAGGACAAUUAUUAGAAUUCCAGAGUAUGGCCAUUUCCUCUUCGUUUGCCGAGAUUGACGUUCACCAGCCACGAUUUUGGAUCAAUUGAAGAAUAUUGCGGGGAUGCAGCAACCCGCAGUGCUCCGCACUCUUAGCGCGGAUGAACUGGAAAUCUACCAUGUCCUAUACAUAUACAUGCAGACGAUUACUACCAGGAUUCAGCAAGGGUUCCAGCCGCAGCCCCUCAAGCUUCCAAGAAAUGAAGUCAACUCCUUGGGAAACAAACAAAUCUUUGGCGCAUCUACUAACUCUUCGUCCUAGCUGUCGGGCGAUCAGGCAAAGUUUGUCACUAGACCUAUAUCAGGCAUUGUAUGUACAUACAUUUCCGUCGAAGGCACACGGAUAAACGCACGCAUCUCCAGCUUUUGAGGCCUAAUGUCAAAGCGAUACGCACACCGCGGUCCCUCGCGGGAUCAGCUCUUAUUAAUGUAGGAGAGAUACUACUCCUCUACAUGGCGGGGUGCGUGACAAGCACCCUGCAGUGGCAGGGAGAAAACACUAAUUGUGAUCUGGCCCAUCUGAUCCACACGCACAAUAAUGCGCUCCAGAAUAUUUUCAACGAGUGUCAUUGGGGCAGUGUUGGGCCUUGUUCAAAGGCCACAUUUCAAACUUGAUGCGGGGUUAACUGAGUUGUUCCUGCCCCUCAUUGUAGGUGACAAGUGAGGAACUGACUUUUGAAAAUUAUGGCUCUUAGUUUUACUGGUUGGUUUCUUUUUUUGUUUUUUUUUUUUUUUUUUAUCGUUCUUCCACAUUUUCAAUUCUGAAGAAUCGCUGAUCAGGCGAUGUUCUUCCAACGUUUUUGAAGAGGCUGGGGGGAGUUGGACAGUCUCAUUCUCGCGCAGACUUUCCACUUUUAACCAUGCCCAGUAGUACAUGUUAAUUCGACUUUACUCGCGCUUUCAUCGGGGCUGCUCCUCCACACACGAGAAUGCUUGCGAUGCGCCUGAAAAAUGCGGGGUAGAAGCUUCGGCGCUUUCGGGUUUGGAUUGCCCAACCCUUGUUUAGCCAAUAAUAUACUCUGUUCUUUAGGACGCCAGCAGGAUAGUUGGGCAUCAAUCGAUAGUAUUGGAACUGGAUUGUGACUUUGCAGGUUCACCUGCUUGAUCGCGUUUAGAAUGUCACUUGAAAGAUGUUGUCAUUUGCAAGCGAGCGUGUUUGUAUCCUAAUGUCGUUUCCACUGGACAUUGGCACUACACCUGCUGGUUCAUGGUUGGCACAGGACACGCGCAAGCUGCAAAUACAAAUUCUCAUCCUAAAAAUGAACGGCCGAGAAGGAGCGUAGGGGUGUCAUAGAAGGCUCAAAUGCGGUUGACCUGCAAAGGAUUUAAAUUUAGCUCAAGAACAGCCCUUCUUAGACUAAUCCGACCAACUUCUGUAAAUAUC